AUGGAUUUGUUGCAGUUAGAUGAUGAGGAACAGGAAAUCCUUCAAAUAUUAGCAGAGAAUGGAAUAAAAGUAACGAAUCCUAAGAAAAAACAUCAGAGCCGGAUACAAAUUUUAGAGAACAUUUUAGUAUACAAACCAGACAACGAACUCCUUCAUGCGAUUAAUAUAGCAGCCGAAUCUGAUCCUUCCUUUAAGUGCCCAAAAGAAUCCCCUUUAGAAGUUGAUGUACAAGCGUCGAACUUGGGUUCAUUACUUAGUGUUGCUACUGAAAAUGGUCCUGAAAUUGAAUUUGUAGACACAUUUUCUGUUACCGGGAUUGAUGAAGAAUUGGACGAAUCUGGACUUGAAACAAUUGACAAUGAAGGACCAGAGAACAAGCCCAAACGCAUAAAACAUGCUGCUUGUACAGAAUGGCAAAGAAAUAUAACGAAAGAAAAGAGAAUGCGGGGAGAAAGUUAUUCAGGAUAUUCCAGAAAGGAAAAACAGGUUACGACAGGUAUACAAAGAAGUAAAAGGCAGAUGGGUCCAACAUGUGACUCUAACUUCUGCAAAAAUAGCGCCAAGCGGUUUUGCGCCGAGUUCGGAGAGCAUGACAGACAAUUUAUUUUUGAUAACUUUUGGAAGGAGCUCGAUUGGUCAGGGAAGAAAAGUUUUGUUUCUUCAAUGAUAGACAGGAUCCCAAUCAAACAAAAGACAGUUGAUUCACAUAAAAGACAACAAAGCUAUGUAUACUAUCUAAAGCUGAAUGAGGAAACAAACCAAGUCUGCAAAAAAUGUUUCUGA